AUGUUCUCCCGAAUACCAAGACUUCUAGUCCGUCCGUCCGCAAAUCUCAAUCAUAAUCUGAGUCGUCGUCUUGCCAAUGCCAAUGUCAAUGUCAAUGUCAGCGGCGAUGUCUCAAGAGUCGUCGUCAAAGUCGUCGUCCCCCACGGGCUUCCGCGGCCCUCGACUUCUGUUUCGAGACUUUAUAGCUCGACUACGACCACUCCGUCGACAGGAAAACGCCCCGUGGACGCCAAAGUAGAAGAUCUGUCUGAGCUGUAUGCUUCAGCCAAGGAUGAGUUUGAGAUUGCUGUUGAGGAAACCUCAAAGAAUACAAUCUAUGCGAGAGACGAUAGGGAAACCGCACGUGAGGAAUUCGAGAAGUUUAGGUUGGCGUACGAGGAGGCUGUUGCGGGGAGUUCUGAGGAGGAAGGUUUGGAGAUUAGAAGGCGGGUCGGACAGAGGUUGAGGGAGAUGGAAAACGCGAUGGAGGCUUUGAGUCAGGCCGAUAAUGAAGAGCAUUAG